AUGGAAGAACACUUUGAUGUCCUCAUCAUCGGCGCCGGUAUAUCUGGUAUCAAUGCUGCCUACCGUCUGCAGUCGAAAUUCCCUCAUUAUCGCUUUGCCAUCCUCGAGGCCCGCGACCAGCUCGGAGGCACCUGGGAUCUCUUCAAGUAUCCUGGCAUUCGCUCGGACUCGGACCUCUUCACUUUUGGCUUUGCCUGGUAUCCCUGGGACCAGGACACUCCGAUCGCAGAGGGUUCAUCCAUCCUUGAAUACCUUCAUCGGGCCACAGCCAGCCAUGGCAUAGACCAGCGCAUCCGAUAUCAGCACCGUCUGCUGGGGGCCGACUGGUCCUCCUCGGAACAACGCUGGUCGUUGGCUGUCGAGCAUGCAGGUCGCUCCCAGUCGAUGUCGGCGCGGUUCAUCAUCUUUGGCACUGGCUACUAUGACUACCAGCAACCUCUGCAGGCGGACAUUCCCAGCCUGGCCCAGUUCAACGGCCAGAUCAUCCACCCGCAGUUCUGGCCUGAGGACCUGGAUUACAGUGACAAGCGCGUCGUCAUCAUCGGCAGCGGUGCCACGGCCAUCACGCUGCUUCCCAAGAUGGCAGAAAAGGCGGCACGCGUGACUAUGCUGCAGCGCAGUCCAACCUACAUCCUGUCCCUACCAAAUCGUCAAAGCUCGCCUCUGCGUUAUUUCCUGCCGACAUCAUGGUUUCGUCAACUGCAGCGUAUCCUUUGGCUGUUCACAGCGCGAUUUUUCUUUCUCUUCUGCCAGGCUUGCCCGGCCGUAGCGCGUGCCAUCCUCCGUCUGCACGUCAGCCAACAGCUACCGAAAACGGUGUCUUUUGCACCACAUUUUCUUCCGCGGUACAACCCCUGGGAUCAAAGGUUGUGUGUCUGUCCCGACGGAGACUUCUUCAAAGCGUUGAAUCACGGUGUGGCCGAUGUCCGGACCGACACCAUCAAGACCGUCACCGCAACAGGAAUCCAACUCGAUUCAGGAGAUACCCUCGACGCGGACAUUAUAGUCACCGCCACGGGACUGCGUCUGCAGGUAGCGGGCGGGGCUUCUAUCACGGUCGAUGGUAACCCGCAGCACCUGUCCCAGAAGUUCCUCUGGCGCGGUAUCAUGAUGCAGGAUCUUCCCAAUGCGGCGUUUGUCCUAGGCUACACAAACGCCUCCUGGACACUAGGCGCCGAUGCAACUGCCCGGUUCUUGUGUCGCUUCCUGCGCGAAUUGGAUAAUCGUGGACAGGCCGCCGCUGUGCCACGGUUGAGCCCCAAAGAGGCCCAGAAAUUGCAGAAAAAGCCGCUGAUGAACCUUAAUUCGACGUAUGUGGUGCGCGCGGCAGAAACCCUCCCCAAGACCGCAGAUCAGGGGCCGUGGGCGCCGCGGGACAAUUAUUUGCAGGACCUAUGCUUCGCCAAAUUUGGAAGCCUCGAAGGGUUGGAGUUCAUUGGGGAGGCCAAGAAAGCGCAAUAA